CAGCUCCUUGGCAUUUCUUCAACCACAACCAUUUGCUCUCUUACCUAUAUCUACGUACACCUUCUAUAACUAUGUGAAUUCAGCCACUUGAUCAAGCCCCAAAAGCCAUAAUACGCGAGAGAGAGAGAGAGAGAGAGAGAGAGAGAGAGAGAGAUGGUCGAAGAAAUAGUAGAAAGCGCUCUUCGCUGCCUGGGGAAAGGAUUCGACAUAACGUCGGAUUUCCGUCUCAACUACUGCAAAGGCAAAGAAAGAUUAGUCCUGCUUAAUGAAGCACAGAAACAAGAGCUUCAAGUACCUGGUUUUGGAACAUUCAAAGAUGUCUCAGUCGAUAUCAAAUGCGAUAAAGGCGAUCGAACCAGAUAUCAAUCCGAUAUCCUCAACUUCAGUCAGAUGUCAGAAUUUUUCAACCAAAAAUCAUCAGUGACGGGGAAAAUCCCAUCGGGGUGUUUCAAUGCUAUGUUCGGUUUCCAGCGCGGUUCUUGGGCAACCGAUGCAGCCAACACAAAAUACUUGGGUCUUGAUGGUUACUACAUCAUCCUAUUCAAUGUUCACAUUGAUCGGUUCCCACUCGUUCUCUCUGAUGAAGUCCGUGAUGCAGUUCCGUCCUGUUGGGAUGCCCGUGCACUUGCCAGAUUCAUUGAGAAAUAUGGGACCCAUGUGAUUGUGGGAUUGAGCAUUGGCGGCCAAGAUUCGGUGCUAGUUAAGCAAGAUAAAUCUUCCGGCUUGGGGCCGUCAGAGCUCAAACAACACUUGGAUGAGCUUGGAGAUCAGCUGUUUACAGGGGCAUGCAAUUUCUCCGCGCAGCACUCCAAAACUAAAGAGAAGGCACCGCAGGCUUUCAAUGUCUUCAGUUCACAACCUAUUGCCUUCAAUGGCUUCUCAUCUGUCAAAGCAAAAGAUGGACUCACUGUCAUUUGUUUCAAAAGGGGAGGUGAUCCAUCAGCCAGUAGCCAUUCCGAGUGGCUUCUAACAGUUCCAUUCAUGCCGGAUGCAAUUCAGUUUAACUUCAUCCCCAUCACUUCUCUCCUUAAAGGCGUUCCUGGCAAAGGUUUUUUAUCGCAUGCCAUCAACCUGUAUCAUCGAUAUAAACCUCCUAUAGCCGAUUUACAGUACUUUCUUGACUUCCAAUUACACAGGAUUUGGGCUCCCAUUCACAACGAUCUCCCACUUGGUUCUACCACAAAUAGGGAUACUCCUUCAUCGACCCUCCGCUUCAAUCUGAUGGGUCCUAAGUUAUAUGUAAAUCAAACGCAGGUUGCAGUAGGAAGGAGGCCCGUUACAGGGAUGCGUUUGUAUCUUGAGGGCAUGAAAUGCAACAAGCUCGCUAUACAUCUGCAACAUCUAUCAAAUGCUCCAAUGAUAUUUGAGAACAAGAUAGAUGAAACCUCAAACUGGCGAGGAUCAGAAGAUGAUGGCGAUGAUCGAUUCUUUGAAGCAAUCCACAGAAAAAUGUUUUCCCAUGUAUCCACAGCGCCGGUUAAAUAUGACCCUAGGUGGACGACCUCUAGCAAGGACGCAGUCUGCAUUGUCACUGGAGCUCAGCUUCAUGUAAAGAAACACGACUCGAAGAGUGUCCUUCAUCUCAGGCUCUUAUUCUCUAAGGUGUCCGAUUGUUAUAUCGUACAAUCAACUUGGGCACAAGGGUCAUCCGCAUUUUCCCAGAAGUCAGGAAUUUUUUCUGCUAUAAAUACGUCAUUUUUGGGAAUCCCAGCAAAAGAAAAACAACCAAUGGUGGUGGUGGAUUCCGGAGUCUAUCCUACAGGGCCUCCAGUGCCAGUUCAAACACAAAAGCUUCUAAAAUUUGUAGAUAUGUCUGAGCUAUGUAAAGGCCCACUAGAUAGUCCUGGCCACUGGUUAGUUACUGGAGCAAGGCUUGACUUGGAGAAGGGAAAGAUAUGUUUAAAUGUAAAGUUCUCUUUAUUAAACAUUUGUUGACGA